CCGGCAGGUUCGGAGCUAUUGAUCUCACCACAAUAUAGGGAGACUCCUGUCUACUUCCUCCUUUCCGUUUCACUCUGCUACGUCCCAGGCGAGGGAGCUGAUCACGGGCUGUCGGGUGACAGCAACUCCUGGUUUCCUGGUGUCCUAAACAUGCUCUUCCCGGUCUCCGGUUGCAUCUGCUUGUUGGGACUAUCUUGUGUCGUCAACGCUUCCGCCUUAGCAUUUCCCUCUGGCGCGGAGAAAUGCUCGGGUGGGCACGUGACUUGCAAGUGUGGUCAACAAAGGGAGAGAAUCAGGAUACCAGUCAGAAGGUGUAGCCUGUUUGAUGGAUUCAACUCCUACUGUGACUACUGCACGCACCGCCGGAAACUGAAGCGGCUCCUGUGCCCUCGGUAUCGUCAUUGCUCCACGUGCAACAGUGAGGGGUGUGGCACCUGCCCCCCAAACAAAUAUGGCCGUCGAUGCACUAAAGACUGCAGUUCGCUGUGCUUCAACGGAGGUACCUGUAUCGACCGCCGGUGCCAAUGUCCUGACGGUUUCACUGGGGAUCGAUGUCAAACAGGUACGGAAUGUCGUAUCGUCACGAAGCCCGCUCACGGUGAUGUUGAGGUGUCGGGGAUGACAGCAACGUACACCUGUUCCCAUGGUUACAGCCUAGUAGGUCAGCAUAUCCUGCAGUGUAGACCAAAUGGCACAUGGUCAUCGGAGUCUCCAUAUUGUGAAGCAAUCUGCAAGAACCCCAAUGCAAGUGACCACAUGUACUUUGUCAGGGACAGACUGGACCAGGAUGAAGCUCCCUUCACUGCGCUGGCCAAGGUGAAGGUGAAGUGUGACGACGGCUACAGAGUGGUUGGCGCACGCUCCAUCUACUGCAAACUUGACGGCAUGUGGUCCUCGGUGCCCAAGUGUGAAAAGCGCAAAACCUGCUCACCUCCCAGUAUUGUGGCGAAUGGGAUCCACCAGACGUUCGAGGAGGUGCGUGACGACAGGUACUACGAGGGGACGGAAGUGAUAUACGAGUGUAACCAGGGCUAUGUGUUGGACGGCCAGUACUCGCUGGUCUGCGGAGAAGAUGGAGAGUGGAACCACUGGACGCCCAGGUGUAAGGAGGUGGAACAAGAACCCAAAGUCACGUGUCCUCCGCUGACCGAGCUUGUUCACGGAUCGCUGACCCAGGGCCCUGAGUCCCCCACUAACAAGAACGUACCCGGCAUCAGGGUCAUUUAUGAGUGUGACGUGGGGUUCGUUCUUCACCCCAACAUACCUGAGCGUUACUGCCACAUCGACGGGGCCUGGUAUCCGCCGGUCCAGCCUCAAUGCGUCUCAGUGGUAACCUGUCCGAACCCAGGGACACCAAAGAAAGGGAUACGCUGUUUUGGAAACGGAUGUAACCCGGGGUCUCGCAACUCCACGUGCCCGUCAUCAUCUCACGUGAGAGUUGGGAACGAGACUGUGUUCCUCCCUGAGGGCAACUACGGCGAGGGCGCGCGCGUCUACUACAAGUGUAAUCAAGCUUACAACAUGAUUGGGCCGAAGUUUAGACGUUGUCAGGAGGACGGUACUUGGACGGCGAGUCUUCCGCACUGUAUUCCGGAGUGCGGCAAACCAACACAAGGUAGCACUGCCCUCAUCUCAGGCGGCACCGAGUCCAAGAGCGAAGACUGGCCGUGGCACGUUGUGGUCAUGAAGAAGACCUCCAGGAAGGAGUGGCGUCCCGUCUGUGGUGGCUGCCUCCUCGGAGACGCGUGGGUCAUCACUGCCGCUCACUGCGUCACAGAAGACCAGACAACAAACCCGCUUGACCCCUCGGACAUUGUGGUGAAGUUUGGAGUGACGCACGUCAACGACUCCUAUGGAGAUCAGCUCAUUCAAAGCAAAGGGAUUACCCAAAUCUACGUGAAUGCCAACUACGACUCUAGGACAUUCGACUCCGACGUUGCGCUUUUGAAACUGAAGAAAUCCGUGACCGUCAACGCCAGGGUUCAGCCUGCUUGUCUUUCCAAACAGCGGACUUCUAGCGGCAACCAGACCAAUCGCUCUGAUCAGAUUCUGCCCCGCUAUGUAGUGACGGGGUUCGGCAAGGUGGCCAAUACCGAAUACUCCCAGACGCUGCGCUCAGCUGAACUCAAAGUUGAGCCGAACAACGGACACUGUGAGAAGGUCCUGCGUAGAGACGGAGUGAACAACAGCGUCACAAGGAACAUGUUCUGUGCGGAUAAUAUGGCUGCGAACAAACACCCGUGUGCCGGGGACUCCGGGGGCCCGCUGGUCAGACAGAGCAGUUAUGGACAGCGACGCUGGUAUCUGGAAGGUAUAGUCAGCUGGGCGUCUGAACGUCCAUGUCAGGGGCGGUCCAGUUACAGCGUCUUCACCAAAGUGGAUAUGUUUCUUGACUGGAUCGAGGAAACGACAUCGCCUGACCUGUCCUACUACUGAACCGUAUCCAUCCUCGGGGUUCCAGGGCAUACUCGCCUACUUUCCCCGGGAACAGCUUUGAUGUUAUGAGUAUUAUUUAUACCUAAAAAUGCUAUGCCCUGUCCACUACCAUCCUCGGGGUUCCAGGGCAUACUCGCCUACAUUCCACGGGAACAGCUUUGAUGUUAUGAGUAUUAUUUAAACCUAAAUAUGCACGUGUAAAUCAUGUAGGACGAACCUGCAUUUGACACAAUUGUAUACCGGAUUUUACCUAAAAUACGUGUAUAGCUAUUAUUCAAUGGGUCUGUGUUUCAUACUAAUUUUGGGAGACGAGUAUGUAGUGUGAGUAGAAUACACACGCGUAUGUAAUAAUGUCUUUAUUAACCACACUUGGUAAUUAGCCGUUCUAGUGAACAUGUAGUGUCCAUGAUAUGGCAAAUAUUUUGAUGUUUCACUUACUUUUAUCGUUACCUUUUGCAAAUUAACACAAUUUUUCAUACAAAUAUGUUAUAAAUCAUGUAACAAAACAACCGAAACAUGGAAAAUGUACUUUCAAGUAGCUAUUGAGUCGCUGAAAUGUGAAGCGAAAAAAUCAAAAACUAAAAUGGAAAUGUCAAAAACCAAAACGAAAAUGUCAAAAAAAACAAAACGAAAAUGUCAAAAACUAAAAUGAAUACAAAGAAAACCAUUUUCACCGCGGUGGAAAGAGUUUUCUGUUUUUUUUUUCAUUUUAGUUUUUGACAUUUUCGUUUCGUUUUUCAGCGAUUCAAUAUCUUCUUUACACAUGAUUUAUCACAUAUUUGUAAGACAAAUCGUGUUAAUUUGCAAAAUAUCAAAAUAUUGAAAAACAGACUCCAUGUCCCUUAUGAGCCACCGUAGUUUUGUAAUUUAAUUAAUAAAACGCAUGUAUGAAA